UCCAAAAGGACGCAGACGUGUAUUUGAGCUUAGAAUCUAUAUGUACAAUCUCAUGGAAUAAUUCUAUCACUAUACAGGUGUAUAGCCAUGGCUGCAUGGAUGGGGGCGACCACAAGGGAAAUGGGCCAAUCGCUCAUCAACCCAGACAAACCUUCAGUUUCAGCCUCUGCACUCCCUGGAGACACUGGGAAGCCAGCAUUGCGCCCAAAACCCCACCUCAUGCCUAAACCAUUUGCCCUGCAAAGAAACUCCACCAUCCGCCCAAUCCGGGCCCCAAAAACCAACUUUAGCAGAGAGCUCCAUCGAGCCGCCUCUUCUGAAGCGCUUUUUGAUAUAAAAAAAGCUGGUGCUGGUGGUCCAAAUCUAUCAGAAUCCCAAAAAUCAGGCUCAAAUGGCACAGUAAAUGAGUCUAAUCAAAUUGCAGCUCCUAAACCCGUUCCACUCGGCCCAAAACCUGACUUAUUGGCUAAACCUAAACCAGAACCCACUAAGAGUCCUGGUUAUAAUAACCAAACUGGUCCAAACUCAAAGCCUGCUCUGACCGCUGAAGAUGUGAAGGACGUUCAGCCCAGGAGCAGAGCAAAAUCUUUGGGUUCUCAGGAUCAAAAGUUUCUCAACCAGAAGGACCAAGGAGAAGCAGCCAAGACUGAAGCAGACGUCAAAGUGUCUUCACGAUGCUGGCCGCCUCGGAAUCGUCUCUCUGCUGAGCUGACCUCCAAGUUUGAGUCACCGUCUCAACCCGAGAAGGAGGUGAGGAGAGAUACUGAAACCAGCAAGAUGGAGAAAGAGUGGCCGCCACUUUCUCCUUCUGAGUCCAAGCCUUCGAAGCUUCCGGUGGAUACAGGAGAGAUGGGAGACGAGGACGUCAGCGGAGGCAGCAUUAAGAGACGGAUCAGCCUUCUCUUCGAUCGAUCUACAGCAGCUCAGCACAAGGACAUUUUCGACAAAAGAGACAAUCCAGCUUCUGAAAUAUCUGUUGAUAUUAAACAGAGAAUCCAGAAUCUGAGCUUGGACGUGCCCAGGACACGCUUGCCAUCCACUGGUGGUCCUAAAAGUCCACCAUCUGAGAAGACACCAAAUGAGAGAUCAUCUGAAAAACCUGCAGCGACAGAAAAGGUGCCUAUUGACAAACCACCAAGUAUGGCAGAAAUCAAGAACUGUGCUGCUAGUGUGGAGAAUGUAGAAGAAGAGGAAGACCAUGAAGAUGAAGAGGAGGACUAUGUCCCUGUUCCUGUUUACCGAAGGCUUGGGACGAGCUUAGAUGUGGAGACAAAGAGAAGGGAAGAAGAAGAAAAACAGAGAAAAGAUGAGCAGUUAGAGAAAGAAAGACAACAGCGGGAAAGGGAAAGACUUUUGGAGGAGGAGAGGAAGGCAAGAGAAAUAGAGAGACAGAAAGAGGAGGAACGGAAACGUGCUGAGGAAGAGAGAAAACAGGAAGAGGAAAAGAAAAGACAGGUGGAAGAAAAAGAGAGAGAGAGACAGAUUGAAGAGGAGAAGAGAAGGAUUGAAGAAGAAGAAAGAGUAAAGAAAGAGAGAGAAAUGGAAGAAGAGAGAAGAAGAAUUCAGGAGUUGGAGAGACAAAAAGACGAGGAAAGACUGAGACAAGAACGAGAAAAAGAAGAGAGGUUAAAUAAACAGCGAGAAAUGGAAGAAAGGAAACGAAUGGAAGAAGAGAAAAGAUUGAGACAAGAACAAGAAAUGGAGAGAAUACGGAAAGAAAAAGAAAUGGAAGAAGAGAGACAAAAAAUUCAAGAGAUUGAAAGACAGAAAGAGGAGGAAAGAUUGAGACAAGAACGAGAAUUAGAGAGACUGCGUAAAGAGAGAGAAAUUGAAGAAAGAAAACGAAUGGAAGAGGAGAGACAGAGAGAAAAAGAAAGACUGAGACAGGAAAGAGAAAGAGAGAGACUAAAGAAAGAAAAAGAGAUGGAAGAAGAGAGGAGAAGUAUUCAGGAAUUGGAGAGACAAAAAGAGGAGGAAAGAUUGAGAAAUGAACGAGAAUUAGAGAGAAUAAAGAAAGAAAAAGAGAUGGAAGAAGAGAGAAGAAGAACUCAAGAGAUUGAAAGACAGAAAGAGGAGGAAAGACUGAGAAAAGAACGAGAAUUAGAGAGACUAAAGAAAGAAAAAGAGAUGGAAGAAGAGAGAAGGAGAACUCAAGAGAUUGAAAGACAGAAAGAGGAGGAAAGAUUGAGAAAAGAACGAGAAUUGGAGAGACUAAAGAAAGAAAAAGAGAUGGAAAAAGAGAGAAGAAGAACUCAAGAGAUUGAAAUACAGAAAGAAGAAGAUAAACGAAAACAGGAACGAGAACAUGAGAUGGAGAUGGAAACGUGUGAAGCAGCAGAGAGAUUACGAGAGGAAGUGCCUACGAGUUAUGAUUUAAUAUCGUUUGAUGCGUCACAGACUCUGGUCUCCACCGUCCAGCCUGCUGACGUCUCGCCUCGACUCACACAAGUGACUUACGAUGACUUUUCAGUGAAACCCCGAAGAUGGGGAACUAGGUCGAGAUGUUCCUCAUCUCCAUCCAGAGAAACUCCUGCUGCUCCUGACCACAUUCUACAGCCAGAAUCAAAGUCCAGUCAUCCUGGACCCCAAGAACCAAACGGAGAUCAGGUGUCUGUGCAUGAUCUGAUCGGAUUUGAACCUGAAGCUUCCAGCCCACACAACUCUACAGAAAACAGAAUGCACACAUAUUUAUUUGAGGCAGAAACUGAGUCCAAACCAGGGGAUCUGCUGGAGCCAGAAACAGAUGAGGGUCAGUUGAAGGACGGUGAACCCGAGGAGGAUGGAGUUGCAGAGCAGGACACAGAGAAUCUCAUCGGGGAAACCGACGAACAAACUGAAAACAACGACACUGUUGAUGAUCCCUUUACACAGAUCAGAAUCAAUAAAGCCUUGCAGAGACUGACUCAGUCCAGACGACGAAAUACAUCUACUGAUUCAGACACAGCAGACGUCCCAGUUCAGGAGGAGCCCGAAGCGCUACCGGUUCUUGAGUCUGCAGCUCCUCUGUUGGACUCCAGCGUUUUCCGUUCGAAGGUUGAUCUGGGAAAGAAACGGAGCAUAAAGCGCAGCAGACCGUCUCGUGCCGUCCGACAGAGAACCGUUCUGCCCGCUCUGACAGAGGGAAGGCAGCCCGACUGGAGGUUCUGCGACUCCACAGAUGCGAAAGAUCAGUGUUCCAAUGGAGUUGACUCUGAAUCAGAAGAGGAACCGUCCCGGGACGUCACGUCCUCUCCAGCCCCAAACCAGCCCAAGAGAGUCCCUGUGUUUCCUGGGAUGGACCCUUCUGCCCUCAUGGCCCAGCUAAAGCGGAGAAGUGCAGUGAUAGAAACAGAAAGUCCAACAGAAGCAGUCCCCUCACGCUCUCCCCGCACACCCACCAUGGCCCUCGGCCCCAGAGUGCUGCCCCCUGUUGACGCCAAGGACCGUGGGCCUGGCUCUUCACCCUCCUGGCUGCUUGAGCUCAAAUCCAAGAAGCGAAUGAGCCAACCUGAGAGUGAAGCGUGAAGCUCAGAUCUGAUGCGGUUUGUUGAGAGGAAGUCCUCUGCCACAAAGAUGCCAAAGGAACUGACUUACAUGAAUGAUCUUUCAUAAUCAUACUGACUGAGCAUCAGACUAUUUCGAGGACGAGUCCUGGACUGAACUGUUUGGAGGCUUUGCCAAGAUGACGUCCUGUUAUGCACAUUUUUAUUUUGACAUGAAAGUCUGUCAUAAUUGUUUGGCAGCAUUAUAGACGGCGUGCUUGAAAAGCAAGUGCUGUUCACUGUCAGUCUGGAACCAAGUUAAUUUUACAGUUAUUUAAUUUUUACAUUUAUUAAUCCAACAGAUCUUUUUAUCCAAAGUGAGGUUGGUUUAUCCAUCGAGUUCCUCCAGUUCAAUCAGGGGCCUAAUGCGCGUAUCUUCUGUU